CGUAGAAAUAAAAUCUUUUAUCAAUUUAUAUUUUUCCAUUUUUUAAUAUUUCUACCAUUGAUGAAAUCAGAUUUUUCGUAUUUAAUGAAAACUUCUUAAGUCUUUUUUUUUUAUUUACAAGGAGAGAGAUAAUUAUAAUAAUUUUUGGUAAUUAAAAUAAAAAAAAAAAUUAAUAAAAAAAAUUAGUCCAUGGAUCUCCGCGUAUAAAAUCGUUGACAAAUUGACAUUCAAGCUUUCAUCAAUGGCUGUACAGUUUCGUAUGUUCUGAUUCCGUCACGUCUUCUUCUCCGCUGUGAUCACUGGAUAUUUGUGGUAAAGAUGCAAUCUUUAUGCUGAAAACUGGAUUUCUGCACCGGUUGAAUCAGAGGGAGGGAGGGGGUAUUGACUUUUCGAGCAAUUCCGAUUCGGGUUGACCUGAAAAAUCAAAAUCGAGUAUAAAUGGUUCCUAGGAAGAAUGCGGGGCGUGCGUCCCCGUUUCUGUUAAUUUUACUGUCUUUCGGUUUCUUCUUAGGCACAUAUAAUUUGUUGAUUCUGGUGAUGCACAAGGCGAGUAAAAGUGCCACGGGGGAGUUGACCGAUCCUAUUAUAAGUAGGCCCGGCGAUCUGGCGGGUGGCGGUGCACCGAAGUUCCAUGUUGCACUAACAGCCACCGAUGCGCCGUAUAGCAAAUGGCAGUGCCGUGUUAUGUACUAUUGGUACAAGAAAAUGAAAGACGAGCCUGGAUCAGAUAUGGGAGGGUUCACCCGUGUUCUCCACUCGGGAAGUCCUGAUAAUUUGAUGGAUGAGAUCCCUACCGUUGUUACUGACCCUCUUCCCGAAGGGCUCGAUCGGGGUUACAUUGUGUUAAAUCGACCGUGGGCAUUUGUUCAGUGGCUCGAGAAAGCCACGAUUGAGGAAGACUACAUUCUAAUGGCAGAACCCGAUCAUGUAUUUGUUAACCCGUUGCCAAAUUUGGCCCAUGGAGACCACCCAGCUGCAUUCCCGUUUUUCUACAUAAAACCAUCCGAUCACGAGAAAAUUAUUAGAAAAUAUUAUCCCGAGGAGAAAGGUCCGGUCACCAAUGUCGAUCCAAUCGGCAAUUCUCCUGUAAUUAUCAAGAAGUCGAUUUUGGAGAAAAUUGCGCCGACAUGGAUGAAUGUGUCCUUGCGGAUGAAAGACGAUCCAGAGACCGAUAAGGCUUUCGGUUGGGUUCUAGAAAUGUACGGAUACGCAGUUGCUUCUGCUUUACAUGGUGUACGGCAUAUUCUCCGCAAGGACUUCAUGCUACAGCCUCCAUGGGACUUGGACAUUGGCAAGAAGUUCAUCAUUCAUUACACGUACGGAUGCGAUUACAACAUGAAGGGAGAAUUAACUUAUGGUAAGAUCGGAGAAUGGAGAUUCGACAAGAGAUCUCACCUUCGUGGGCCACCCCCGAAAAAUAUUUCGCUACCACCACCUGGCGUUCCCGAAAGCGUGAUAAGGCUUGUGAUGGCGGUCAACGAGGCAAGUGCAAACCUCCCCGAUUGGGAGACACCAUAGAACACCGGUCGGGAUUUUAUGCUUCUCUGUUUUGGAUAAUUUAGGAGCUUUUGAAGGUCCGAUUUUCCGCAAACUUUUUUCUUUUUUUGGUUCGUUUUUGCGGUUUUGAUAAUUGUUAAAUACAUGAAUAUGGAAGUACGGGGUAACAUAUACACAAAUAGAAGAAGAUAUGGCUUUUUGUAAACAAGUCGAUCGUUUUUUUCA